AUGAUGGCGACAUCAUAUUCUAAAAAUGGGUGGACCCUUGUGAAGUUCGAUCUAAAUUACCAUGCCGCUCAUUAUGCACCUGAGUUUCCACGCCUGGCAGAUGUGUGGCUUUCGUCGCUUCGUCAGCUAUCUCCUUGUCUUCAAACCUUGACGACGCACCUGAAGUAUUACUCUCCACCAACGCCCAGUGAAUCGAAGAUGCCUUGGGACAUUAUUAAGUUUAACGAUGGCAAUCAAAUUCCAGGUAUUGGCUUCGGAACCUGGAAAAUCCCAGUCGGUGAUACAACAGUCGACCAGGUUGACCAGGCUAUCUCGGUCGGAUUCAAUCACAUCGAUACUGCUCAGGCGUAUAGGAAUGAAGAGGAGGCGGGCAAGGCGAUUCAUGAGAGUGGACUCAAACGAGACGAGAUUUUCAUCACUACCAAGUACAGCGGACUCAAUGGCCUGGACAUUGAGACUUCCAUCAAGAACAGCUUGAAGAAUUUGGGUGUGCAGUACAUUGAUCUUUACCUCAUCCACCACCCUCGUCUCGCUGUCCCGGAUAUUCCCACUGCGUGGAGGCAAAUGGAAGGUCUCAAAAACGCGGGCCUUGUUAAGAGCAUUGGGAUAAGCAACUUUGAAAUCGAACAUGUAGAUACUUUAUUGGCUUCUGCGAAGAUUGUUCCCGCCGUGAACCAGAUCAUUCUACAUCCAUAUGCCUACAAGCGACAGGCACCUCUUCUGGAAUAUCUAAACGAAAAGGGCAUAGUGUACGAGGCCUAUAGUCCGCUGAUUCCAGUCACACAAUUCCCUGGGGGCCCUGUUGAUAAACCCGUUAAAGCAGCUGCCAAACGUCUCAACGCGACAGAUGACCAAAUUUUGCUGGCCUGGGCCAAGGCGAAAGGUGCUGUGGUCCUAACCUCGAGUUCCAAGAAGUACAGACUCGAAGGUUACCUCGAAGCCGGCGACCUAGUUCUCACCGAUGAUGAAAUCAAAGCUAUCGACGACGCUGGCGCGAAGGGUACGCGUAUCUUCACCGCUCGCACCAUUGUUCGACGAACAGCUGCAGUUCUCUUUGCUGGCGCUAUUGCCCUGGGUGUUUGCUCGUAUUUGGGCAUCGACGUCGUCUAA